ACUUUUUUGACAAGUCUCUCUUUCUCAAAAGUCAACCCCUUAUUUUGCAAUACUGUAUUGUGAAUCUCUCUAUCAGGCCUUCGUAUUUCUCACAGACUGGAGUUUUUGUUUCAUAAAAUCUGAUAAAAGGAAAGAUGUCUAACCCUCAAGAUGACAAGCCCAUCGACCAAGAACAAGAAGCUCAUGUCAUUCUCAAGGUCAAGAGCCAGGAUGGAGACGAAGUCUUAUUUAAGAACAAAAAAAGCGCUCCACUUAAAAAGCUCAUGUAUGUUUACUGCGACCGCCGAGGUUUGAAAUUAGACGCAUUCGCUUUCAUUUUUAAUGGAGCUCGUAUAGGUGGCCUGGAGACUCCAGAUGAGGCAAAUCACUCUCUUUUUCAUUUCCCUUUUACAAUUUAUAUGUUUGUCAAAAGUGUAUCAUUUACUAAACCAAGAUUCUCCAAUUUUAAAGCUUGAUAUGGAAGAUGGAGAUGUGAUAGAUGCGUGCCGGGCGAUGAGUGGUGGUCUACGAGCAAAUCAGCGUCAGUGGUCUUAUAUGCUUUUCGAUCAUAAUGGGCUUUAAUUAGGAAUAAUUUGGCUGGCUUUGUGAUAUUUGACUACUUUCUUCAAGCAAAAUUACUUGAAGUUUAAAUCAUGGUCGGUUAUCGUGUGUGUAAAUGACUCAUGAGUGAUUGGAUCUUAUGAAUUAUGAUAUUAAUGGUAUCUGGUUACGGAUUUUUAGAAUCUUUGUACUUUGUUAAUUUUACAACCGUGAAUAAACAACUCAUCAAAAC